GAAAGUGUUGGAAGCAUGGGUGUUGAUGUGUUGUUGUUUUCAGAAAUUAGGUGCCAGGAACAAAAGAGAAGAAUGUCUGACCGAAUAGACCUCGACAAACCUCUAUGGAACCAAGACACAUUUUAUGGUCGUCUAAGGUAUUUUGCUUGGGUUACAAACCCAUCCACAUGUUUAACACCAACAAGUAAACUCUUUGAAGCUAGAGAUCUUGUAAAUAAAUACAGGUUGCAACAGGAACCUCCACAUACAACACGAGAACAAGUUUUGAAAGCCCAUCGUCUAGUUUUAUCUGCCUUCCAUCCUGACUCUGGUGAGUUACAGAACUUCAUUGGCAGAAUGUCUUUUCAGGUACCUGGUGGAAUGUUGCUCAUUGGGUGUAUGAUUAGUUUCUACCGCACAAACUCUGCUGUGAUUUUUUGGCAAUGGGCCAAUCAGUCUUUCAAUGCGCUUGUGAAUUACACCAACAGAAAUGCAGGAUCUGACAUAUCCCAAAAGAAGCUGGCUAUUGCUUAUGUCAGUUCAACUACAUCAGCUUUGGUUGCAGCUCUUGGACUCAAGGCUAUCUUAGCUCAACGCACAACUGGCAUAUUGCAGCGUUUUGUUCCUUUCACUGCUGUUGCAGCAGCUAACAUUGUAAAUAUUCCUUUAAUGAGACAAAGUGAAUUUCUUGAUGGAAUCAUUGUGUAUGAUGAAAAUAAGAAUCCUGUGACAACAUCAAAGUAUGCUGCUGUCAAAGGAAUUAGUCAAGUGGUAUUCUCAAGAAUUAUAAUGGCUGCACCAUCAAUGCUUCUCCUACCAGUAUUAUUCCAACAUCUGGAAAAAUACCGUUGGAUGCAGCGUUUCAAAAUACUCAAUGCGCCACUCCAAGUCUUGGCUUCUGGAGCCUUAUUACUUGUGAUGACGCCAACAGCCUGUGCACUCUUUCCCCAGAGAUGUUCUAUACUCACUUCUAAGUUGUCUCUACUUGACAAGAAAAAUCUUGAAGAACUGAAAGAGAAAUAUGGUGCCAACAACAUUCCUGAGAGAGUGUACUUCAACAAAGGCCUUUAAAUUAUUGAAAAUUCCAGCUCUAACUGCCAUUAAAUAAUUUAAUCAAUACUUUGUAUAUAUAUAAA